GUGUGUACAUAUGUGUGUGCAUGUGUGUGUGCAUGUGUGUGUACAUGUGUGUGUACAUGUGUGUGUGCAUGUGUGUACGUGUGUGUACAUAUGUGUGUGCAUGUGUGUACGUGUGUACAUGUGUGUACAUAUGUGUGUGCAGGUGUGUACAUGUAUGUACAGGUGUGUACAUGUGUGUACAUGUGUGUGCGUUCCUGCCCUUGAGCCCCUCAGCCCCGCCGAGUCCCCACUCCCUGGGGCUCCCAGGGCAGUACCUGCUCCCAGACCCUUCCCAGCACCUGUUCCCUGCCCCUUCCCAUUACUUGCUCUUGACCCUUCCCAUUACUGUUCCUAAAUCCUUUCCAUUACCUACUUCUGGGUCUGUCCCAAUACCUGCUCCCAGACCCUUCCCAUUCCCAUUCCCUGCCCCUGCUCCCUGUCCCUUCCCAUUCCCUACUCCUGCCCCUUCCCAGCCCCUGCUCUUUCCCGUUCCCAUUCCCCAUCCCUGCCCGUUCCCUGUCCCUGGGCCGUGCCCUGAGGCCGUCCCCGCUGUGCAGCGCCCUGGCAGCAAGCAGGCGGGCACCCCGGCCGACAAUUACCACCUGGCGCGGCGGCGGACGCUGCAGGUCGUGGUGAGCUCCCUGCUGACCGAGGCGGGCUUCGAGAGCGCCGAGAAGGCGGCGGUGGAGACGCUCACCGAGAUGAUCCAGAGCUAUAUCUCAGAAAUUGGAAGGAGUGCCAAGUCCUACUGCGAGCACACAGCCAGGACCCAGCCCACGCUCUCGGAUAUCGUGGUUACUCUGGUGGAAAUGGGGUUCAAUGUUGAGACCCUUCCUGCGUACGCCAAGCGCUCCCAGAGGAUGGUCAUCACUGCCCCUCCUGUGACAAACCAGCCCGUGACUCCCAAAGCCCUGACAGCUGGACAGAACAAGCCUCACCCAUCCCACAUCCCUGGCCAUUUCCCAGAGUUCCCAGAUCCCCACACUUACAUCAAGACCCCGACGUACCGGGAGCCCGUGUCCGACUACCAGGUCCUGAGGGAAAAGGCGGCUUCCCAGCGGCGGGACGUGGAGAGGGCUCUCACACGGUUCAUGGCCAAGACAGGGGAGACCCAGAGCCUCUUCAAGGACGACGUCAGCACGUUCCCACUGAUUGCUGCCAGGCCUUUCACUGUCCCCUACCUGACAGCUCUUCUGCCCUCUGAGCUGGAGAUGCAGCAGAUGGAAGAGACGGAUUCGUCGGAGCAGGACGAGCAGACGGACACCGAGAACCUCCCGCUGCACAUGAGCACGGAUGAUUCGGGACCUGAGAAGGAAAACGCCUCAGUGUUACAGCAGAACACCUCCCUGGCAGGCAGCAGGAAUGGGGAGGAGAAUGUGAUAGACAAUCCCUACCUCCGACCAGUGAAAAAGCCCAAAAUCCGCAGGAAGAAGUGAGGUGGGGCUGGAGUUCCUGUGGCUGCUCAGAGAAGGAGGGUUCAGGAGAGGCAGUCCAACUGAGUGGCCCAGGAAUGGUCCCUCUGCAGAGUGAACUCCACUCUCAUCCUGGUUUCCAGGAUUCCCCUUUGCUCUCCUGCUGACUUGGAAUGGCUGAUGGUCAGUUAUGGUCAAAGCACUGAAGGGCUCACAGGUGGGAUUUGUCCGGGGGGGACUUUACUUUCUUUCCACUGUGGGCAGGAUUUUGCUCUCUGAAGAGCUGGGGGACACCAGGGUUGGAGCUGGGGCACACCAGGGUUUUCCUGCUCCCCAGCAGGCUCUGCAGAACACAAAGGCAUCACUGGUGCGUGGCUGCCUGGCAGGCAGGGAGGGAAACUUCUGCCCUCAACCCUGCCAGGCUUUAAUUCUAAGGAAUGUGUGUUAACAGAGACAGAAGAAUCCCAGGGAGGUUUCUUUCUUGGCAUUCUUGGCAGGUAAAAACAAACAGACUUUUCUUUUAUAAACUCAAGGUGUCUGAUGUGUCAGCAAGGAGUGAAGUGUAAAUAUAAGAGCUAAGUUGGCGUUUUAUUCUCACUUUGCUGACUGCAGCUGCACUUGGGACUUAAAAGCUCUCAAUGUGGUGUUUACCCUGCCCUGCUUUGAGAUCACUUUCCAGCAGAAUGACUGGCAACGUUUCACAGCUGCUUCGGGCUGCUUUUCAGUUCUUUUGUUCCUUUCAACCCAGCACAAGCCCUUGGAGAGUUCACGCCUUCCCCAGUUGUUUUGGAACUUGGAAUGUGGAAUAAAGCUGCAUUGAUUGCA